AUGAAUUCACCAUGCAUGAAAGAGGGGAAGUGUUCUAAAUAUUAUCCAAAAAAGUUUCAAAGUACAACUGUAGUCGAUCAAGAUGGAUAUCCUAUUUACAGAAAGAGAGAUAAUGGAAACACAAUUGACAAAAAUGGAAUAAUACUGCAUAACGGUCAUGUCGUUCCUCAUAACCCGAAUCUGUUGUUGAAGUAUGAAGCACACAUCAACAUGGAAUGGUGCAACCAAAGUACUUCAAUCAAAUACUUAUUCAAGUAUAUAAACAAGGGGUCUGAUAGAAUUUCUGCUGUUAUUGUUCCAUCUGAGUCAACCAACAGGCCUGGUGAUAAAAAUGUUGAUGAGAUUAAACAAUAUCUAGAUUGUAGAUAUGUUUCACCCAGUGAAGCAUGCUGGAGAAUCUUCUCAUACUCAAUACAUGGAAGAAAACCUACUAUGGAGAGAUUGUUCUUUCACUUGGAAGGUGUUUACUACCGAGAUUACGAAUAA